CGCAGAGGAAGGCACAGCAAGAGACGGCUGGGGGCCCACUGACCACUGCCAUGCCCUCUGCAUCCCCCACGAGGCCCUGGGAUGCUGUGCCCCCCAAUACCACUGCAGCAGCAUGGACCAAUGGAAGUGUGCCCCUUUUCCACCUGUUCGCCCAGCUGGAUGAGGAGCUGCACCAAGAAUUCCCCAACCUGUGGCUGGCGCUAAUGGUCGUGCAUGGCACCAUCUUCCUGGCGGGGUUGGUGCUUAACGGACUAGCAUUAUAUGUCUUCUGCUGCCGCACACGGACCAAGACACCUUCAGUGAUCUAUACCAUCAACCUGGUGGUAACUGACCUGCUGGUGGGCCUGUCCCUGCCCACACGCUUUGCUGUCUUCUACAGUGCCCGUGGCUGCCUACGCUGCGCUUUCCCUCAUGUCCUGGGCUACUUCCUCAACAUGCAUUGCUCCAUCCUCUUCCUCACCUGCAUCUGUGUGGACCGCUACCUGGCCAUUGUACAACCUGAGGGUUCCCGUCGCUGGCGCCAGCCGGCCUGUGCCAAGGCUGUGUGCAUUUUCGUGUGGCUGGCAGCCGGCAUCGUGACCCUGUCUGUACUGGGCGUGAAGACUGGUGGACGAUCGUGUUGCCGUGUCUUUGCUCUGACUGUUCUGGAGUUCCUGCUGCCGCUGCUGGUCAUCAGCAUGUUCACAGGCCGCAUCAUGUGUGCGCUAUCGCGACCCAGCCUGCUACGCCAGGGCCGCCAACGCCGCAUGCGGGCCAUGCAACUGCUGCUCACAGUGCUCGUCAUCUUCCUGGUCUGCUUCACACCCUUCCACGCCCGCCAGGUGGCCGUGGCAAUAUGGCCCAAUGUACCACGCCACACGAGCCUCGUGGCUUACCAUGUGACUGUGACCCUCAGCAGCCUCAACAGCUGCAUGGACCCCAUUGUCUACUGCUUCAUCACCAGUGGCUUCCAGGCCACUGUCCGAGGCCUCUUCCACCAGCAUGGAGAAGAAUUCAAGCCCAGCAGUAUGGGUGCGGUCAGCAUGCACAAGAGCACCAAGGCUUCGGGCCCCCAUCAAAUCCUCAGCACCGGCUCUCACACCCUCACCCAACCUCUGACCAAUGGGCCUGAGCCUUAGGCAGCAAGUGCUCUGUCUAGGGACAAAGGUCAAGGCUCUGAGAGGUUACCAGUCAGUCACAACCUGGACCUGGCCAACAAGUUGACUUCCUAUUGAUCCAUUGGAUAUGGCUGCCCAGUGUGUUGUAUUGACAAACUGAGUCUACCGUGCUGUGAUUGAUUAGCAAUGUCUGCCAAGGACUCCAGCUAGGGUGUAACGGUGUGAGUGUCGGAUGCUUACCUUUCGUGUGGCUGUUCAGUGGUGUCCAGUGAACACUCAGAAAGGUAGCCAGGAGCUGCUCCUCACCUUCCUUAUUUCGUCUCCUGAAGAAGCUCCUUCAGAGAAAGCAUAAAGAUUAAUGUUCUGAGGACACCACCAGAAGAGCCUCCAUCACAGGCAGAUGGAGAAACAAGAACAAGACCGUUAUCUACAGGAAGUGGA